GGCAACGCUGGAUCCGACCUCUUCGUGAUAGUUGCAUUGACGAAAUCAUUUUGCAGGUACGAAAUUUUCUGAAUUUUCAUUUAUUUGCCGGCAAAAUAUCUGGUUUUUGACAAAAAUACACAAGACAAGCUGUAAAGUAGCCGGUAUAUAUAGAAUAAAUUUACUUUCUAAGUGUGAAUCAUGGCCCCUCGUAAAGGAAAAGUUCAAAAGGAAGAAGUACAAGUGUCGUUAGGACCUCAAGUGCGUGAAGGAGAAGACGUGUUCGGAGUAGCUCACAUUUUUGCCAGCUUCAACGAUACAUUUGUACAUGUCACAGAUCUGAGUGGCAGAGAAACCAUAUCCAGAGUCACUGGAGGAAUGAAAGUAAAAGCUGACCGAGAUGAAGCUUCUCCUUACGCUGCUAUGCUGGCUGCCCAAGAUGUGGCAGAGAAAUGUAAGGCACUUGGCAUCACGGCUCUGCACAUUAAGCUGAGAGCCACUGGUGGAAAUAAAACAAAAACUCCUGGACCUGGAGCACAAAGCGCCCUCCGUGCCUUAGCGCGGUCUAAUAUGAAAAUCGGUCGAAUUGAGGACGUUACUCCAAUUCCUUCGGAUUCCACUCGUAGGAAGGGUGGUCGACGUGGAAGGCGUCUGUAAUUGACCAUCCAUAUACAGUCAUAGACGUUCGAUGUUAUCAUCGAACGUCUAUGACUUUUGGUAAAUAAAUUUUAAAGAGCAUUAAAGUGUUUCAGUUUUU